CAGGGCACCUCUCCUCAUUGUGCCCCCUCUUGUGGGCUGCAGCAGUGAGUGCCGGGCUCUGGGCGAGCAUGUAAUGAGGCAUGUGAUUGCUGCCUCUGCUCCAGGGGGAGGCGGCUUUAGGAUUUGCAUGGGCUGAAGGCAAAAAGCUGCAACAGUCUGAUUAUUUUUAGCCGGUGUGUGGCACAGAUCACGUUGCACAGGGCAGGGGACUUGCUUUCGGAGGAGGCUGUGGAUCCCAUUUCUCCUGCUGUAGAGAGGAAGGCGCACACUGCUGCCUGGACAUGGCCAGCCCUGCACUAGAUCUGGAGGACAUCGCCACCCGGCCACAGGAGUCCCCUCCUGAUGCUGCCUGCAGAGAAGCCCAGAAGUGGAUCGAGCAAGUUACGGGCAGAAGUUUUGGCGACAAAGACUUCCGUACCGGACUGGAGAAUGGAAUCCUUCUGUGCGAGUUAUUGAACGCAAUCAAGCCUGGACUAAUAAAGAAGAUUAAUAGACUACCUACACCCAUUGCCGGGUUGGAUAACAUAACAUUAUUCUUACGGGGCUGUAAAGAACUUGGUCUGAAAGAAUCUCAGCUUUUUGACCCAGGUGAUCUGCAGGACAACUCAAACAGAACAACAGUCAGACUCUCCGAUUGCAACAGGAAGCUAAGAAAUGUACUAGUCACGGUUUAUUGGCUUGGAAAAGCAGCAAACGGCUGUGCUUCCUACAGUGGAAAUGACUUGGAUUUGAAGGAAUUUGAGGGUCUGCUGGCACAGAUGAGAAAGGAAAAUGAAGACAUUGAAAGUCCUAAAAGGAACAUCCGUGACAGUGGUUAUAUAGACUGCUGGGAUUCAGAGAGAAGUGACUCGCUAUCUCCCCCAAGACAUGGAAGAGAUGAUUCGUUUGAUAGCCUGGACUCCUUUGGCUCUCGAUCACAACAGACACCAUCUCCAGAUGUAAUUCUGAGGGGCAGCAGUGAUGGAAGGGGAAGUGAUUCAGAGUCUGAUUUACCUAAUCGACGGCUACCCGAUGUUAGGAAAGAUGAUAUGUCUACCAGACGGGUCUCUUUUGGCGAAAACAAAAUAAUAGUGCCUUUUAACCAGUACCUCCCCAACAAAAGCAACCAGACGUCAUACAUCCCAGCUCCCCUGCGCAAGAAGAAGGCUGAACGGGAGGAUUACCGAAAAAGUUGGAGUACCGCCACUUCACCACUAGGCGGAGAAAGGCCAUUCAGCCCAAUUCGCUCAGAAACUAUUGAGGAGGAACUUAGUGAGGGACACAGUGAGGAAGGGUUUAAAGGGUUUCUUGGAAAAGCCAACAAGCUUAAAGAGCAAUUUGAGCAGAAAGAAGAGGAUACAAAGGAUCAGUCUGAUCCAAGUGAUAUAGAGGUUCGGAAAUUAAAAAGCCUUCAAAAAGUCGGAAUUAAGGUCAUGCCUGCAGCAAAGCGAUAUAGCAGUCAAAAGCAAUCUCUUGAAGACCAUGAGCCAGACCUAGUGCUUCAGAAAGAGAACAGUAACCCAUUAAAUGUGGAUUCUGAGGAGGAAGAAGAGUACAGAGUUCCAGAUAUUGAACGAGAUGACUUGGCCACGCGGAGAGCAAGGAUGAACCAACCUAAAAUGUCAACCCCUUUUAAUCAAUAUAUACAUGGCUCCUAUAUUAAUAAAUCAAAACCUCCUCAGGAUGACUGCUUGCCUUCCACCCCUGCUUCACCUAAACAUAAUUUGCAUAAAAGCAAACCUGAAAGCCAAGGCCAAACAAUAGACUUGGCUGCUGUCAGCCUCAAGGGCAAUGUAGUCCAAAGACCUGUAGAUGUUGAGUCAGACCAAGAAGAGGAGAAGAUUCCAGAUGUACAGCGAGAUGAUUUAGCAAAGCGCAAAACUCAUGGAGUAGCCACACAUCAGAAGGAACCUAAAGUAUUUGGAACGGCCUCAAUAACCAAAGCUGACCUUGAAACCUGGCAGAGACUGAAGCUUUCUUCCGAAGAUAGUGAAAAUACUCCUGUUCAAUCGCAAGUUAACAGCCAAAGUCCUAAUAUCGAUUUAGCCAGAGCAGCAAAUGAUGAUUUUGGCAAACGCAAGUUAUCAUUGCAAGAGAAGAGGGCCAGGAAUAAGCAAAAAUUUGUCCGCUUUGGUCCAGUGACUGAAAUUGAUCAGCAAAAGUGGGAUAGACUGUGCAUUGCUAAACCUACUGCGAGUGAGGGAAAUGCCAGGGACGAACAGGUCCCCGAAAUAACUUGCGCCAAAGCAGUGUUAUCAGACAUUUCAAAAAUUGAAGUCUUGGGAACAAUACCCUUACAAUACAGUCCAAGUAGGCCAGCCAAACCUGAGGUAUGUAGGUUACCAGAUGUUUCUGCACCUCCUGAAAAUGAGGCUGAUGGACAAGUCAUAGAUACCAAGCGGGAUGACAUGUUGGCACGUAGAAUGGGAACUUUUCAGAAGUGUGCCAGAAUCAGUAAUGCUUCACCUGCCCCUGAUGACUCACACAGAUGUAUAGAUCAUGGGAAAGCAUCAGAACAAAUGAUGGAAAUGAAUGGACAUAGACAGCCACUGCAAGAGGACAACCAGCACGUCAGGAGUAAGGUGCCUCCUUGCAAUGUUGGGAAACCAGACUGUGCAGAUUCUUGUAACAACCCUGAUGCAGAACAUCCUGCUUCUGUAGAAGACACCUGUAAAGUAGAUAGGAACUUGCAGAAGGACAGAAGCACUCCAGACCCGGAAAAAGAUGACAUGAUGGUCAGAAGAAUCUCAGUCAGUCAGAAGCCCCCUAUUGUGGCAUUGAGUCACUUCCUGCCAGUGCCGUUUUCUGCCCAACAAAAAGUAGAGGAGGAGAAAAACAUCUGUUCGCAAGCGGAAAAUAAGCAAUUGAGCUCCAUCCAGGCAGUGACUAUUUUGCUUCCUCGUACGCCCCAAACCUUUACCACCUCCACUUCUGACAGACCAUCACAGCAAAUUGAACAGAGUGGUAAAGCAGAAGAUUCAGUUCAGUUAAACGAUGACGAUCUGACGAGCAAACAAAUGUGCAGCCCCAUUCAGCAUAGUUCCAUCUGUGCAGAGCCCAAGUCCCAGCCUGAAGAAACUCUUGAAAGGCCUGACCUUGAAUUUUUGAGAUUCAGCAGCCUACGGUCAGAUGAAGAAGAGAGUGUAAGCAUGUUGGACAUGAGGUGUGAGGAAGAAGGAACAAUGACACCGCAUAGCCGAGCACACCAAGAACAUCUGCAGUAUGUCAACGAUCUACUCAAAGAGGAGGAUGACACAUGGCAGAAUGACCUUGCCCGAUGGAAGACCCGCAGGAGGAGUGCAUCACAGGACUUGAUAAAGAAAGAGGAAGAAAGGAAAAAGAUGGAGAAGAUGCUUCGUGGAGAAGGUGACUUAACCGAAAGAAGAAAAAGCAUAAAAACAUAUAAAGAAAUAGUGGAGGAAAAAGAGCGCAGAGAAAGGGAAUUACAUGAAGCCUACAAAAACGCUAAGACAAAAGAGGAAGCAGACAAGAUUUUACAGAAAUACAUUGAAAGGUUUACAAUAAGUGAAGCAGUCCUCGAACGUUUAGUGAUGCCAAAAAUUCUUGAGAGAAGCCACUCAGUGGAGCCAGGCCUACUCUCCUCUACAGAGGACCCUAACCCUCUAAAGUAUCUGAGGCAGCAGUCUUUACCGUCUCCUAAAUUCACAUCUACCGUGGAGGCGACCAUAUCUCCUACUAGUGAAUCAGACUUUAAAGCACCAGCAGGUCGGACUUCGCCAACAAAAAGUGUGGUCUCCAAGGCAGUGCCUAUGCUGAUGCCCAAGCCUUACUCCCAGCCAAGAAGUACACAGCAGGUCCUAAAGACAUUUAAGGUAGAUGGAAAGAUUAAUGUCAAUGGAGAAGCAGUUAAUGGCACAGAGGAACAGAAGGAACAAGGAUCCAUUGUUAGCCCAACCUUUGCUUCCUUGCUGACCAGAUCACAGAGGUUUGAAGGUGUCGCCAGAGUGGACCCACCAGCAACUGAAUUGAAGACAGAUAUUUCUUCUAUUGAACUCAACUUGACCAGAACGAAUGUGCAUAGUCCUGAUCCAAAAGUUUUCUCUGAAGGGAUAAAUCACACAAACCAAGUGGAUGAAAUGAAAUCGUCUUUGACUGACAAUGUCCACACAGAACAGAUUAAAGAUUGCACAAAACCUCCUAUCCUUAGCAGAGAAGAACCCGCUGUGACCAACUUAGUGUCACUAUCAGUCAUGACAACUGAACCUACUGUAAAUGGAAAUGAUCUGGAAGAAGAGCAAAAAGAUGUCUCCAAAUCAAAGGUUAUGCAUUGGUCUUUAGAUUCCUCUAAGGAACAGAAUGAUACUGCCCUGUGUCAGGACAAGAGAAAGCCUGAAGAUGACAAAGAUGCACUACAGAAAGAGAAGCAUGGAGAGCCAGAAGUCAGUGGGAACCCAGCAGUGUUUCAGCCCCUUCUAAAUUCCCCAAGUCGAUUUUGUGCUUGGGACCCAGAAGAAGAGCGGAGACGACAAGAACGAUGGCAGCAAGAACAAGAAAGGUUGCUUCAGGAAAGAUACCAAAAAGAACAAGAGAAAUUAAAGGAGGAGUGGGAGAAGGCUCAGAAGGAGGUGGAAGAGGAGGAACGUAAAUACUAUGAGGAGGAAAGGAAGAUCAUAGAAGACACAGUGCUGCCGUUGACCGUGUCACCAGUCGGCAGUGUCCAUCAUGGCUUAUCUGAAACAACUGGGAAUUCCGUGUCCCACCAAAGUGAACCAGGACCAGCAGUGCAGGGGGAGCCCUGGACACCAGACAGAAAUCAUCUAAUGGACGAUUCACACUCCGCCAAAAACAAAGUACAGACUAGCCAGUUCUUAUCCAGAGAAGGAGCUGUUCAUAGAGCCGCCGAGGAUCAAACAAAAAGGAACACCAGUACUGAAACUGAAGCGUCUACAGCAGAAAAGGAAACGGAUGGAAAGCCAGGACAUCCGCACAAUGCUUCUACCAAACUUCACCUUCCGUUAGGAAUGACCACAGAGUCACAUUUAUCGGAGAAUCUUAAUAACGGAGUGGAUAAUAAUAAUGUCCAGCAAAUGACGCUCUUCUUGGAUCCAAAAAGAUCUGACUUCCAGGACAGCCCCAGGGACAUCGGCUACUCCUUACCUUCUCCGACAUCACAGAGCCAGUCACUCAACAGGUCUGUAAGUGGAAAGAAGUUGUGCUCUACAUGUGGACUUCCUCUUGGCAAGGGGGCAGCCAUGAUUAUUGAAACACUCAGCCUGUAUUUUCACAUCCAGUGCUUCAAGUGUGGAAUCUGUAAGGGACAGCUUGGCAGCGCAACUACUGGAACAGACGUCAGGAUCCGCAAUGGCCUGUUAAACUGCAAUGACUGUUAUGCAAGAUCCAGAACGGCGGGUCACCCUACCCCAUUGUGAUUCCAGCACUAGCCAUGAAGACCUUCCAUAGAGAAGAGCUCCCACUCUCCCAAGAAGGCGGACUUGAGACAAUCACUUUUACCUGCAGAGAUUCUGACACUCAUCUCAUGUCGAGAAAGGAGAACUGUGUGUGGUGCUUGCUAGUAUACUACAUGAUUUGCUUAACAUAUGCAGACCUUCAUUUGCAAAACAAAUCCAGUAGAUUUCAAUCUAACAGACACCACCGAAGAAUCUUGUGAAUUUGCCAAGAAGAGUUUGGUCAGGGCCUGGUUUACAAAUUCCCCCGCACGCUGGUGUGGGAAGGUGUGACGUGCCCUGGAGGUGCCUCUUUUAAUCCUAUGUAAGGUGCAGCUGAUUGUAUAUCCACUCAUAGGGCUACAUGAUACGCACAUGUAACCAGCAAACACCGCCAGACUUACAUCCGUGAUAUUAAUGAUUGUGGGGUUGUGACAUACUGAGGCACUGCUUAGACCUGUGACGUGGACCCUCCAAGUCCCGCUUACUGGUGUCCAGUGGUUUGCACCUUCAUUGCUUAUGGGCUAUGUAAGUGAUCACAGAUGGCAGGUUUAGGUUAGGUAACACUGAUCGUACCAUGAGUCUUACAUACAAGGUAUAUACAUAUAUGCUCUAAUAUUGGGUCACUUUGACACAGUCCUUCCAGCAUUUGAAAACAAUAGUUGAUGUAUCUGUGUGAAAUGUAAAGUUUGCAGACAGCUAACGGAUGGGAAUGUUCUUGGGUAUAGACAUUCUAGCACAAUACAUUUCCUGUUUCGGUCUCUCAUCAUAGAAUGUAAUCGCAAUUAGAUUCUGUUCAAUGCAUACACUAGCAUAAAUGAUGCCUUAUCAUACACGCAUACACUUAAUAUCCAGCAGCAUUUAUUUAUUUUUUGCAUUACAUGUAAGUAAUCCAUGGAUAUUCAGUUGCAUUUAUUCAUUGUGGCACUAGAUGGCGGUAUCACAUUGAGGAUAGUGCUAGUGGCCAUUGGUGCUUCGGCCACUAUAUAGUGAGGUAUGGACUGAUUUGUGUUUACACUGAGUGUUGGGUUUGGCACAAGGAUGACAGUUUUUUUUCUUUUCUUUACAUCUAUAGCGUUGUUGCUUCGCACACCACUGAUAGGAUUUGGACAGGCCUGGUCUCUUCCGUAACGUGCACUACAAAUGAUGGGACUGAAUGCUGAUGUGACAGAUUGUUAAUAUAGCUGCCUCUGUUUCCAAAAAGUGCCGCAUAGAAAAGAGACAAAACCAUUUUUUUUUUUAUAUUUCAGAAUGUGGUUUUCUGAUGACUGGUAACCUGAGAGCUCAGAUGAGUUUGACUGGUUACAUGAGUGCUCAAAUGAGUUUGACUGGUAACCUGAGAGCUCAGAUGAGUUUCACUGGUAACCUGAGAGCUCAGAUGAGUUUGACUGGUAACAUGAGUGCUCAGAUGAGUUUGACUGGUAACAUGAGU